UUUGUGAUCAGUACUUAUACAAAUACACAUAUAUGCAUAUACAUACGAAAUUCACACAUAAAUAUCCUAAAUUCCAUGUGGGUCUACAUGCAUAUAGUAUACGAACCAUUUGUCUUUUUAUUUCUAAGCAGACCCAUUUGGUCAUUUCUUAACAUUAAGUAUGCUAACUCUAUCUGUCGGCCUUUGGUGAUAUAUAUGUUAUCUCAAUACAGACAUGUAUUCUUCUACUAUAACAGGAUUGAGAAAUGUUGAAGACGAUAGCUGUAGAGAGACCAAAGCAGAGACAGAGGAAAGGGUUCUGGUCACCAGAAGAAGACGAGAAGCUAAGGAGUUUCAUCCUCUCUCAUGGUCAUUCUUGCUGGACGACUGUUCCCAUCAAAGCUGGGUUACAAAGGAAUGGAAAGAGCUGCAGAUUAAGAUGGAUUAAUUAUCUAAGACCAGGGUUAAAGAGGGAUAUGAUUAAUGCAGAAGAAGAAGAGAUCAUAUUGACUUUUCAUUCUUCCUUGGGCAACAAGUGGUCUCGGAUUGCAAAGUUCUUACCGGGGAGGACAGACAAUGAGAUAAAGAACUAUUGGCACUCUCAUCUGAAAAAGAAAUGGCUCAAGUCUCAGAAGUUGCAACAUGCAACAUCUAUAUCCACUUCUUCCGAAUCACUCGUUGCUUGCGGGAGAAGAAACCCGCAAACCUUGAUCUCACUUCCAGAGAAGACAUCUUCAUCUCCAUCACAAGAAAGCAAUGACAACAACAACAACUAUUCAUGCUCUUCUGGUCCUGAGAUUGCAAGGCUGUUCUUCUCCGAGUGGUUUACUUCGUCGGAUCCCUACUUUGAUCAUUCCUCUAAUUUGACAGACUCUAACCACAUCCAAACUCCAAAUAUUCAAGGACCUGUCUCAGACUACGAAGAAUCAGGUGAUGUUAAUCAGUUCUAUUACAACGAGAUGGUGAUGAUGAGCAACAGCAACUGGACUCUUAACGACGUCGUUUUUGGCUCGAAGUGACAUAAGCAGGGGCAUAAGAUUGAUAGAGACGACUCAGUCGUCAACAACCAUGUAAAUCCAGUCUCAAACAAUGUAAAUCAAAUUAUAAAUGAAAAAUAUUGGGAAAAUUAUAAUUUACCACAAAUUUGAUACUUUUUUUUUUUGACAACAAACAAUGCACAGACUCAUAUUGACUCUGUGAACCAACUUGGAAACUCUGCAUCCAUGUGUACGACGAAAGAUAGUUGAUGCCGGGCACUACGUGCUAAGCUGUCCGCCUUUUGGUUCGCCGUCCUUGGUACAUGAACGAUGUCUGAGUUGUGGAAACUUCUUCUCAAAAGCUUGAUGUCUUCUAAAUAGGUUCCAAAUGCAGGCCAUUCCUCAGGUUCCGAAACCAUCUUCACCAACUGAGAACAAUCUGUUGCAAACGUAACCUGAAAUUGUCUUAAAUUUCUCAUGCAUUCCAUUGCCCAAAUCAAUGCCUCCACCUCAGAGUGAAGAGGUGAUAGACAUGCACGGACAUUUCGUGCCCCUAACAAACCAUCAAAGCCUGGUAAAGUAAUAAACCAUCCUUGCCCUGAGAACACAGCCUUAUCUUUCCAAGAACCAUCUAUAAAACACCAUCGUCCUGUAUUCGUUUGGAUGGAACUAUUCUGUGUAACUGGUGCCACUCUCUGAUUCCUUAAAACCUGAGCCUCAGCCCAAAGUGUUGAUUCCAGUUCAGCCAGCUUAAGUGUAUCUCUCGGAUCAACAUCAAUAUUACCAAACACCUUCUUAUUCCGACUUUUCCAAAUAUACCAUAAGAUCCAUGCAAACUGAUGGUCAUCUAUCUUUGGAUUAACUCUCCAAAAAAGAUGAUCCAUAUUCACAAAUUUGAUACUAUUUUCUAAAUUUAUGUUUAAAUGAUAACUAUUUUGAUAAAUAUCUCAAAUUUGUGAUGAUAAAAAAACUAAAACAAGUCUCCUAAAUCAUUUAUAAAUAUUUAAGAAUCAUUUAUAAAACAUUUAUAGAAGUUUAAUAGCAAUAUAAAACAUUUAUGAUAUUUCAAACAAAUUUCUCCAAAAAAAUUGAAGGUAAGAUGUAUAAAAGAGUUGCAUUACAAUUUACAACUUAACUAGAGGCUAGAGCUAAUUAAAGUGUCUUAACCAUAGCAGCAGCGGGAAUUCGAGGCAGCAUGCGCCACCGCGUGUCUUUGGCUUCAUGGAACUUUGCCUCUGAGUUUAUCCAUCAGCUCAAAUUCAUUUGGAGCAAGCUUAGAAUCUAAAAAAUUUGGAAACUCUUCCUCACAAAGCUUAUCACAUUCACAGCUGGAGUAGCAUAAUCCAUGAGCUCCAAGGACGUGCGCGUUUUUACGUCAGACACAAUAAGCUUUACAACUCCUUCAUCGAAUUUCUUCUUCUGCAAGUUUCUUUCUCGCUGAUGUCUUAUCUUCCAAAUCAAUUAAAAGCUCGUGCCCAUGCCUAGUUCAAUGGUUCGGUUUUAAGCUGAACCAAAAAACCAAAAUGUUUUAACUAAAUUAGUUAAGUAUAGUAGUAAUAUUAAGAUUUAAUAUAUCUAACCAAUUAACCUAAACAACUAAAUAUAAUUUAUAUAUUUUACUUUUAAAUAAACAAAAUAAACACGACUAAAAAUAAAAUAAAAAAUAUGAAUCCCAUACAUAUAUCAAAGACAGAAAACUACUUUUGAUAUUUAUAUUAAGUUUGAAGAUAAUAGCAUAAAGCUAUUAGAUUACACCUUCUACAUUUUCAUUUUAAUGUUUUGCUUGAAAAAAUAAUGGUUUCGUGUCAAAUGGUAGUCUGUUUAUAUUCUUAUAAAAUAUCUUUUGUAACUUACCUAAAACAAAACUAAUAAAUCAACACGGUUGAACUAAAAAAAACACAAAUAAAACCAAAUAAAACCGAAUGAAUACACACCAAGUUAAACUAAAACAAAACCGAACACACACACACAAACAAAUUAAAACCAAGCCAAACUGAAAACAAAACUAAUUUAGGGUCCGAUUGGCAAAUAGACUUUAAGAGCUUUUAAGGCUUUGAAUCAAAUUAAAAGUCUUCAAAGCCAUUUUUUUACCAAUCACGUUUUGUUACUUCUAAAGUCUCCAAAAUCUUCCUAAAAAUAUCCAUAACCCGUAAUUAAACCGAAAUGCCCACCUAUAAUUAACAAGGUCAUAUUCAAGCACAUUGCAAAAAAAAAAGAAAUUUGAAUUUGUAAAUCAGCAUAACAUAUACGCGGGUCAAAAUCUAACUGUCUGUUAAAUGACAAUAUGAAAAAUAUUAACAAGAACUGUUGCAAUUUUCAACAAUACUACUGAAGAUUUUUACACACCAGAAGUAAUCAAACUCAUAAUCAGCGAAAUCACAAACACAAAGUAUUUUCACUACAAAUACAUCAUAUAAGAAUAUGAUCUUUUGACAGCACAAGUAGCAACAAAGAUAUGCGAGGAACUGAGGAAAUGUAUAAAGCGUUUUCAUAUAGCAGAAUAGCUGUAGUUAUCAGCAUCAUCAAUGGAGGAAGGAGACUUAGCAGAAGCAGUGAGUACCACCAAGGCA